UCAGAGCAAUAGUAAAAAAAAAAAAAAACCCAAAUCUCGCAUCAGUACGGAAUUCCAAAUUUCCGCAAGCCAUUCUUAAUUUCCCAUUGCCAAAAAAAUCCAGUUCCGAAACACCCCAGCAUUUUCCGUUUCUCAUAUUUGUUUGUUUUCCAAAAAAAAAAAAAAAAAAAGAAAGAAAAAACAGAACUGCCCUUUUUUUUACAUGUUUUUCUUACACGAUCUUUCUCUUCUUCGUCUUCUUCAUUAAACUGAUCUACCCAAAUUCCAGAGAAACUCCACGUGUCAAAAAAGGAAAGUGAUGGAGCUACGAAGAUUGCAUGUUCUUCUAGGUUUGGUGUUGUUGUCUGUGAUAGGGAGUAGUUAUGCGAGAUUUGUGGUGGAAAAGAACAGCUUGACAGUGACGUCGCCGGAGAAGAUUAAGGGAACCCAUGAUAGCGCGAUUGGGAACUUUGGGAUACCUCAAUAUGGAGGAAGCAUGGCUGGUGCUGUGGUUUACCCUAAGGAGAACCAAAAGGCUUGUAAGGCUUUUGAUGAGUUUGGGAUUUCCUUUCAAUCCAAGCCUGGUGCUCUUCCUACUUUUGUUUUGGUCGAUCGUGGAGAUUGCUUCUUUGCUUUAAAGGUUUGGAAUGCACAGAAGGCUGGUGCCUCUGCAGUGCUUGUUGCAGAUGAUUUUGAAGAAGCAUUGAUAACCAUGGACACACCCGAAGAGGAUAUUUCAUCUGCCAAAUACAUUGAAAAUAUAACUAUUCCAUCUGCCCUUAUUGAGAAAACUUUUGGUGAAACUCUAAAGAAAGCAAUCAGUGGUGGGGAUAUGGUCAAUGUUAAUCUUGAUUGGCGAGAUGCUGUUCCACACCCUGACGAUCGUGUGGAGUAUGAGUUAUGGACUAACAGCAAUGACGAAUGUGGAGUUAAAUGUGAUAUGCUGAUGGAAUUUGUGAAAGAUUUCAAGGGUUCUGCACAGAUACUUGAAAAAGGUGGCUAUACUCAAUUCACGCCCCAUUAUAUAACUUGGUACUGCCCUCAGGCUUUCACCCUAAGCAGACAGUGCAAAUCUCAAUGCAUCAACCAUGGAAGAUAUUGUGCACCUGAUCCUGAACAAGAUUUUAGGUCGGGUUAUGAUGGGAAAGAUGUUGUGAUUGAAAACUUAAGACAGCUAUGUGUUUUCAAAGUGGCAAAUGAGACCGGUAAGGCUUGGUUGUGGUGGGACUAUGUGACAGAUUUUCAAAUUAGAUGCCCCAUGAAGGAGAAAAGAUAUAACAACGAUUGCGCUAAUGGUGUUAUUAGCUCUCUUGGGCUUGAUGGUAAAAAGAUUGAAAAGUGUAUGGGAGACCCUUAUGCUGAUGCAGAUAAUCCUGUGCUGAAAGAAGAACAAGAUGCCCAAGUUGGGAAAGGAUCUAGGGGUGAUGUUACCAUAUUGCCUACUCUUGUUGUCAACAAUCGCCAAUAUCGAGGAAAGCUGGCCAAAGGUGCUGUUCUGAAGGCCAUCUGUGCUGGUUUUGAAGAGACUACUGAACCAGCUGUUUGUUUGAGCAGUGAUUUAGAGACAAAUGAAUGCUUGGAUAAUAAUGGUGGUUGUUGGCAAGAUAAAAUAGCCAAUCUCACAGCCUGCAAGGAUACAUUUCGAGGGAGAGUCUGUGAAUGUCCCUUGGUUGAUGGUGUGCAAUUCAAAGGAGAUGGUUAUAGUCACUGUGAAGCUAGUGGUCCUGGGAGGUGCAAGAUUAACAAUGGAGGUUGUUGGCAUGACUCACGAGAGGGACAUGCAUACUCUGCUUGUUUGGAUAUUGGAGAUGCUAAAUGCCAGUGUCCUCCAGGGUUUAAAGGUGAUGGUGUCAAAAGUUGUGAAGAUGUUGAUGAAUGCAAAGAGAAGAAAGCCUGCCGGUGCCCUGAAUGUAGCUGCAAAAAUACCUGGGGAAGCUACGAGUGCACUUGCAGUGGAGAUCUUUUGUACAUCAGGGACAAUGAUACCUGCAUAAGUAAGAGGGGUACUGAAGUAAGAUCAGCAUGGGCUGCUGUUUGGGUCAUUUUGAUUGGCUUGGCAAUGGCCGGUGGUGGGGCUUAUCUUGUUUACAAAUAUAGAUUAAGGUCAUAUAUGGAUUCUGAAAUCAGAGCUAUAAUGGCACAGUACAUGCCUCUGGAUAGUCAAGCACAAGUUCCAAACCAUCUAAGUGAAGAUCGUGCAUGAAGAAGAAAUAUACAAUAUUUUCAAGUUCUGAAAACCCAGGGUUGAUGUGGUUCUUGUUCUACCCUUAUUCAAUUGGAUUUCAAGCAUGGAUGUUAUUGAUAUGUAAAAUAUAUUGGACAAUAAAGAAAUGCAGAUUAAAAGUGUCUAUUUGUUCCUUAACAUGCUGAAAAUUUUUAGAGUAGAGGAAUGACUUGUGCCGUCAGGGGUAGAUCGGAAGGGAUCUGGAUGUUGCACCUAACAUUUCCUAUCCAGAUUCUGAAUCCCCAGAAACUUUGCCCCAUAAUUUGUAUGGCAAUACUGUAAUUCCAUUUAUGCCUUCUAGCUGAGCGGAAUUUUUUUGUUCUUACACUACUUUAUUUCGAGGGUUCAAUGACGCGCGUUUUUGUGUUAUCAAUUUCUUUUCUGGUGGAAUGUAGAUGCAAUCAUGUAUGUCGAAAAUUGUUCCUUCAUUUGUGGAUCUCAUGCGCUGGUUUAAAGCAUUG